GCUCACACUGCAGGGAAAUGAAACACGCUGCAGGUCCCGAAGCAGCAGCAGCACCAGCAACAGUAGCAGCAGAAGAACUGAGCCACAGAGCCGUUCACCACCUCCACCAGCAGCAGCAACAACAGCACUCCUCCUUCUUCUUCUCCUCCUCUUCCUUCACUCCACUUUUCCUCUCUUCUCUGCGGGACGCCACGCACCGUGCGGGAUCAUGUUUUUUCCUCAGACAGAGUUAUUUCUGCCUUAUUGGAUCGCAGCUGAGUGAAAGAGAAAGUCCACACUGGAUUUGAACCUGCGCACUUGUCUUUAUAUUUUUUAAAUUUUUUUUUUUCUGUGUGCCACCGUGGAUGAGAUAUUUAAAUGUUUGAUGUCUGAAUAACUACAAGCGGAUCCUGCGCUUUUAAAGUUUUCUCCCCAUAUUUUGGAUUAAUUCAGGAACAAGGAGCUGCAGCAUGUUGAUUUUAGUUGUGAUCAGUCUGGCCUUGUUGUCAGAUUCAGGCCUGUCAGUGGAGGUGUUUCGUGCAGGUGUGGCCCCUCGCUGUGAGAGCCGAGCCUGUAACCCCCGCAUGGGCAACUUGGCCCUGGGCCGCCGCGUCCUCACCCAGACAGUCUGCGGUAACAAUGGCACAGAGCUCUACUGCGUCUACGCCGACCCCAACGCCAACCUGGCCUGCACCUCAGCCAAGUGUGCCAAGUGCAACGCCGCCCUGCCCCUCAUGUCCCACCUGGCCAGCGCCAUGUCAGACUCCUCCUUCCGUCACCCCAACACCUGGUGGCAGUCAGCUGAGGGGGUGGAGUCCGAGACGGUGCAGCUGGACCUGGAGGCCGAGUUCUACUUCACGCAUCUCAUCAUAGUGUUUCGGUCGCCGAGGCCUGCAGCCAUGACCCUUGAGCGCUCGCAGGACUUUGGGCGGACGUGGAAGAUGCUGCAGUACUACGCCAGUAACUGCAGCGCCGCCUUCGGGCUGGAGGAGGGGAAGGCAGUCACAGGCCGGGUUGGAGCCAUCUGCACCUCCAAAUACUCCGGGGCUUAUCCUUGCAACCGUGGAGAGGUGAUCUACCGUACCCUCCCGAAGUGGGAGUCCCUAGAUCCGUUCGGGGUGGAGGGCCAGCAGCAGCUGAGGGUGACCAACAUCCGAAUCCGGCUGCUGAAACGCCAGUCGUGUCCCUGCCAGGCCAAAGAUCCCACCGCUGCACACGAAGCACUUCCCACUCGACACUUUGCCAUUUAUGACCUGAUAGUGAAGGGAAGCUGCUUCUGUAACGGACACGCCGAGCAGUGUGUUCCCGCUCCAGGGUACCAGCCAAUGAGAGACCGCACCAACCACGUGGUCCAUGGGAAGUGUGUGUGCAGACACAACACUGCAGGUGAUCACUGCGAGCUCUGCGCACCUCUCUACAACGACCGACCCUGGCAGCCUGCUGACGGACUGACAGGGGCUCCGCAAGAAUGUCGGAAGUGUAAGUGUAACGGGCACGCUCAAAGCUGCCAUUUUGAUUGGUCGGCGUGGCGCGAGUCCGGCCAGCGCAGCGGAGGCGUGUGUGACUGUCUGCACAACACUGAAGGACGCCAGUGUCAGAACUGCAAGGCCGGCUUCUUCAGAGACCCCCAGCGACCGCCCACCGCCCCCGACUCCUGCAAACCAUGCAACUGUCAUCCCUUGGGCUCCAUGCCGUUCCACCUGGCCGACGGCUCGCACUGCGACCCCUCCAACGGAAACUGCAUCUGCAAACCGGGAGUCGGCGGAGCCCACUGCGACCGGUGCAUGGUGGGAUACUGGGGCUUCCACGAGUAUGGCUGCCGUCCAUGUGACUGUGCAGGAGACUGUGAUCCGUUCACUGGAGACUGCAUGUUUGGCUCGGAUCUGGACCUGUACAACUUAGAGGGAAACUCCAGCGAGCCAGUCAGGAUCUUCAGAGCGGACGAACUCUUCUCUGCCCUCCACUACUCAGAGAAGUGUGAGUGCAAAGAGCAAGCCCUGACCAACAGUAAACUCUUCUGCACCAUGAAUUAUGCAUACGUGCUGAAGGUGAAGGUGCUGUCGGCCCACGACAAGGGCUCCCAUGCCGAGGUGGAGGUCAAAGUUCAGAAGGUGCUCAGUCAGAACGCCAAGGUGAAGAUACAGCGGGGUCGGGUCACCCUUUACCCCGAAUCCUGGACAGCGCGGGGCUGCACCUGCCCCAUCCUCAACCCAGGGGGGGAGUACCUGGUGGCGGGCCACUCGGACCGUAAGCAGGGUCGCCUCCUGGUCAACAUGAAGAGCUUCGUCAAGCCUUGGAAAGCCAGCUUGGGGCGCAAAGUCCUUGCGCUACUCAAGAAAGACUGCAACUGGUAGACGGACGGCGAGAAACACUGGAGGAUAGAUGGACACAUGUGGACAGACGAGACUGUUGUUAACAAAACUGGAUUUGUGUUUUCUUGUCCUCCAGGUGUGGAUUAAAUCGCACUGGGCUGGGGGAGAUUUUUGGGGGUAACAAACUGACGACUAAAACCCCACCUUUGCUCUGCUUUGUCCAAUGGGAGCAUGAUUCUGCUGGUGAAUUGUUUCAGCUUAAAAGCACACAGGACCUAAUUUUAUAAAGACAUAUCUGUCUCACAUCUGAGAAAAACUGUCACUCUUACAUUUAUGUGUAAGAUUCAAGCAAAAAAUUUCCUUUGCUGUCGCUGCUGCAGCUCGAGAAAUUGAGGAAUUCAGCACUAUGGCCAAUUGUUCUCUAAUCUGAGUGACUGAAUGUCCCCCAGGACCCAUUGACACACAUUUAAGAAAACACACAAAACUUCUCUUCCUCUCUGCAGCACUUUAGCCGAAGAUGGACUGAGGACAUAUGGACACUUAAAGAGAGAAGGACAUACACACAUACACACACAUACACAUAUACAAUCACACUAUGUGUAGUGUGACUGGGAAUGGAGCUCAUCCAUUCCCUGUGUGUGUGUGUGCUCAGUUACAGUGGACACACACUCACAGAGGCAGCAGUGUGUGUGAUGUGCAGAUGUAAUGUGCAAAGCACCCAGAGUGACGCUGAACAAGCCAUACAAGCCACUACAGGUGGUUCAAUCUUAGCCAGUCCAGGUGUGCCUGUGUUGAAAUCGGAGUGAAUGGGUUUUACCCCAAACGUGAAUGUAUUUGCCUGCGAAUGUGUGUGUGUGUCUGAAUGUGUGAGUGUGUGAGAGAGGAAAUGUUUGAAUGCAGAGGUAUAUUACGAGCACAGUCCAGAUUCAGUCCAGCUCUGCAGCUUUUCUUUAGGUUUGUGUACUCAACAAAAAAAACAACAGCCGUUCCAAUGUUUAUGAUACCGCGUUAUGUAUAUUGAUUCAUCAUAUUACACUCCACUGCUGAAUUCAGAAAACUCUUGUUAUUCCUUCCUUUGUGCUCUUGUACAGUAUUAUUUGUAUAUAUCUAUAUAAAUAUUAUUGUUCCUC